AGAGAGAGAUGACCAAACAGCCGGCCAAUGCUCCUACCGGUUUUAAACCGUUGCACCAGCCGGAGGGAGCGGUGGGAGUUUCAGCAAACAAACCGUACAAUGCCCUUAACCAAACGUCCGCCGCUUACCCGGCCCCUCAGCCAGCACCGUCCAACGAGAGCAAAACUUUCUGUCCCACGGAAAAUAAACCGGGAGAAGUCAGUAAAGUCUAUGGAACAUUUAAAAAUGCCGCUCCGGCGGUGCCUGGAUCCGUGGCUGCGAACUCGGCCUUACGUAAGGAUUCCACCAGCUCAGUUGGUGGUUCUGCUGCCCGGGUUGUCCCUGUCCAGUGCGGGGACCCGCUUAGAGCUACCGGGGAUCAAAACAAUGCGUCGGGCAACUGGACCACCAUGAGUCAGACCACCAUCAUUCUGGGCGCAGAUGGCAACACGUCUGUUCAGCCCGGCGCCGUGACGGGGGUAAGUUCCCAGGAGGACGAGAGUGGAGAUGAGAAUAAGGCCAGGGGAAACUGGACUAAUAAAUUGGAUUUCAUCCUGUCCAUGGUUGGUUAUGCCGUGGGACUGGGAAACGUGUGGAGGUUUCCAUACCUUGCCUUCCAAAAUGGUGGAGGUGCUUUUUUGAUCCCCUACCUGAUAAUGUUGUGCCUCGCCGGGAUCCCUAUCUUUUUAUUGGAGGUUUCCCUGGGUCAGUUUGCCAGCCAGGGCCCCGUGUCCGUGUGGAAAGCCAUCCCGGCUCUGCAAGGUUGCGGGAUUGCCAUGUUGAUAAUAUCUGUCUUGAUAGCCAUAUACUAUAACAUUAUUAUGUGCUGGACACUGUACUACCUGUUCGCUUCGUUGAAGGGCUCACUGCCAUGGGCUAACUGUAAGAACGAGUGGAACACGUUGGACUGUAAGGACAAAGACAUGCUUCUCUUAGACACGUGCAUCCUCCAUGAUAAAAACAUUACCUCUGUAAAGAACAGCUCGUUCUGCCUGUCGGCUCAAGCCAUUGGAAACCUGACCAAACUGGUUAACAUGACCUAUCCGGAUAACAAAACUUACGUCAGCCCCAGCGAGGAGUACUUCAAGUAUAAUGUCUUGCACAUCUCCAAAGGGAUAGAGUACCCUGGAGACAUCCGCUGGCCUCUCGCAGGCUGCUUGUUGCUGGCCUGGUUGAUAGUCUACCUCUCCCUGGCCAAAGGAAUCAAGUCAUCAGGGAAAGUGGUGUAUUUCACAGCUACGUUCCCCUAUGUGGUUCUGGUCAUUCUGUUGUUCAGAGGAGUGACCCUCCCAGGGGCUGGUGACGGCAUCCUCUACUUCAUCACACCCAAGUGGGAGAAACUCAAUGAUGCUAAGGUGUGGAAGGAUGCUGCCACCCAGAUCUUCUUCUCUCUGUCAGCAGCCUGGGGAGGCCUCAUCACACUGUCUUCUUACAACAAGUUCCACAACAACUGCUACAGGGACACCAUCAUCGUGUGCAUAGUUAACAGUGCCACCAGUAUAUUCGCUGGGUUCGUCAUCUUCUCCGUCAUUGGAUUCAUGGCCCAUGAACUGAAAGUGCCCAUUGAGAAGGUGGCAGAUGAAGGUCCAGGCAUAGCAUUUGUGGUGUACCCGGAGGCUCUGACCAGACUUCCACUCUCUCCGUUCUGGGCCAUCAUAUUCUUCCUCAUGCUGCUGACCCUCGGCUUGGAUACCAUGUUUGCCACCAUUGAGACCAUAGUGACGUCGGUGUCAGAUGAGUUCCCCCAGUAUCUGAGAAAGAACAAGCCUCUGUUCACGCUCAUCUGCUGUGCCUGUUUCUUCUUCCUGGGAUUCCCUAUGGUCACAGAGAAUGGGAUGUACAUGCUCCAGUUGGUGGACACGUAUGCUGCCUCUUACUCUCUGGUCAUCAUUGCCAUCUGUGAGCUAAUCGGAAUCUCCUACUUCUAUGGCCUGCAGAGGUUCUGCGAGGACAUUGAAAUGAUGAUUGGCUUCCAACCAAACCGCUUCUGGAGAAUCUGCUGGGCCUUUGUGACUCCAACCAUUCUGACUGGUAUCCUGGGGCUGAGUCUGUACCAGUGGAAGGUGAUGACCUAUGAGGACUACACCUACCCCCCCUGGUCCAUGGUGAUGGGCUGGCUGAUGGUGGUGUGUUCUGUCAUCUGGAUCCCAAUCAUGUUUGUCAUCAAAAUGUACUUGGCCCCAGGCAGCUUCAUGGAGCGUCUGAAGCUGGUGUGCUCCCCUCAGCCCGACUGGGGUCCCUUCCUGGCAAAGCACAGAGGGGAGCGCUACAAGAACAUGAUGGAUCCCCAUGGAUCCAACUCCCUGGGCCUCAAACUGCCCCCAAAAGAUUUCCAGCUGGGCACCUACCAGUAGCAGCCUCCACUACUACCACCACCACCACCACAUUAGCAGGGGCACCGGGGGAGAGAGAGAGCAGCAGCCUACCACUGCCCUCUCCUCCACCUAUUCCUUCUCUUUUUCCUAUUCUCCACUUCACUUCAUCUCUC